GGCAGGCGGGUCGAGGGACGCGAUGCCGCCGCCGCCGCCGCCUCCUCGCCGGCCCGGGCUGCGCCGCCGGGGCUGAGCCGCCCUAGAACCGCGAACCGAGCGGCCGCUGGGCGCGCCAGCAGCGCAGGAGGAUGGGCUGCGGCGGGAGCCGGGCGGAUGCCAUCGAGCCCCGCUACUACGAGAGCUGGACUCGCGAGACGGAGUCCACAUGGCUCACCUACACCGACUCGGACGCGUCGCCCAGCAACGCCACCCCGGAAAGCGGCCCCGAGGCGGGCGGCCUGCACGCAGGCUAAAAGAGACACUAAGCGGACGUCUGGAAAAGAAGUCACCAUUAACGUCGCAGACAGCAUCCGACAGGUGGACAGAAGUCGAAGAAUCACAAAGAAAUGCGUCAACUAGCAGAGUGUUCAGCCAGUUGAAGGGCAGAGGGACUUCUCUGGUGCCCUUCACAUCCUGGACCCCAUCACGGAACCUUGAAGACGUGGGUAGCCCUUGCUGUGUGGGAACGCUGCUGAGUGCCUCGGGAGACUGUCUUAGCCUGUUGGGACAUUCUCAGCCUCCUAUUUAUCUCGUAAAUGCAUUGGCAGAGUACUCCCAUAGGGUAAUAAACUGCAAAUGUAUGUUCAGUCUGCCCCUUGCAACUGCUGCAGUGUGGUCUGAUGGAAAAGUGGCGAGCAAAAGCACGGGCCAGUUUAGGAGACAGAAAAGUAGAAGGGGUAGGUUCCUGGCCGAAAGAGGCACAGUCGGUUCUGAGCUCUCCUGGCCAUGGCCGUGCGCACUGUUUCAGGCAAGCUUAUUCUUUCAUUCUUCCUUUUUGAAAUACCACCAUCUCAAAACUUACUGUGUUCACUUAAACGUUGGCUUUCACCCAACUCUAAACCCACAUGUAUGAGGAAUCAAGAAACAGGAAAACUCUCUGUUACCCUUGUUUCCUUAGCUCAGGAUGAGGUGGAUUCAGAUCCAAUUUUACACAAACUAACCCCACCAACACCCAUGGUAUGUCCCCAGGGAGGGCCUCUGUGAUACAGUCACACCCAUUUCUCUCUCAUCUGCUUUCAGCAUCCCUCCGGGCCAGGGUCCACGUCAGCCUCUGAACCAUAGUAUCACGGUAGUGGUCACUUCGGAGCCCUCAGGGUUCAGCAGACAUUGCAUUUUUCCAGCUUUCCACUUCCCUUUGCUUGUGUUCUUGAGUGUUUUUUCUCUCCAAUAAGGCCAUUUGCAGUUGUUAAUCAAAGACCAGGCUCACAAGAGGGAGAAAAUCUGGCAGAUGUUGGCUUCCCUUUGGCCUCUCUGCACAGCCUGGGACUGUGUCAUUUGGUAUCUGCAAAGGAAUUGCUUUAAAAUGUCAGUAACUAGUUGGUGUGCGUUCACAUGGACAUUAGAUCCACAUGCACUGUGUUAGAAAUCUGUAGCUGAGGCAGUAAAAAAAACAAAAUUGGUAGGAAUAAAAUUUUCUAGCAUUUCUUUAAACAUGUUAAGGUGGAAGUAUUUUCCUCCGAAGUAAUGUAGCAUGAUUUUUAAAGGACUGUCAACAUGCCUGGAAUUAGGAAAGGUAGGACUAAAGUUGUACCGAAUGAUACCAAUAAACUCCAUGUUUAGCAGAAAUAGGUAGUCGAUGGUGUGUAUUUAUCUAUCAUAGUCCGGAGAAGGUUAAAAAUUCAGAUACUUGGCCUCUUUACCUGCCAACUCUGUUAUUCCUCAAACACAAGUGGGCAAUGUCCGUCCCUUCCUUCCUUCCUUCCUUCCUUCCUUCCUUCCUUCCUUCCUUCCUUCCUUCCUUCCUUCCUUCCUUCCUUCCUUCCAUGGAUUGUAUAUUUAUUCAGUAAACAUUAAAUGCCAACCCUGUGUCAGGCACCGUGCAGAUGCUGAGAGAUCUGGAGUCUGGCCAGUCACGGUUGUAUAUCCUGAAUUUGACAGUGAACUUAAUCACUAGGGGCCUGGCUUAGACGCUGGGGUAUAGUGUAUGGUGUGAAUUGCUCUGCAGUGUAAUCUUAAUUUUAUAGCCAGCAUAGGUUUCUGUCCUAAACUCCAGAUAUGGGCAUUCUCCUAAUCACUGUCCAGGCCUUUACUGUGCACAAAACUACACUGUCCCAAACCUUUGUCAUUUUGUGAUUCUUUGAGAAAGGGCUUUUAGGGAACUUCAUGUUCCGAAACUUCUAAAUAUAAUAAUAAAGCAAAACCUGUGACUUCCAUGACCCCUCUGGUAUGAUUCAGCAGGAGCCACCCACUGCCAAAGUUUGGCAUUGAUCCUGCAAGUUCAAGGGCUUGCUGUCCCAGGGCACCUGCACUGUGUUUUUGUGCAGUGUUUCUUCACCAGUCACUAGCUAACCUCGUUCCUCUUUGCAACUUUGUUUUUGCAUCACUUAACUGCAGCUCCUUGUUUGGAAUUUAUCAACUUGAGAGGGUGUCUCUGUCUUACAUAGAAACAGUUUCUCACUUCUGGAGGAGAGGAGAAUGAAGGGCAUACAUGAUCUUCCCCUCUCCAGAACAAUCUGGAUUUCACCAAGACCAGAAGUUAAACCAUGUUACUGGAAAUUCAUCUGGCAACUUCUUCAUGUGUGUAUGAUACAGGAACUGAUUCUUACCGUCCUAUUAGCAUAACACUUUCUAUUGCAAAGUUUGUGUCAGUAAAGUCAUCCAUUUCAAACACAUGGACAGUUACAGAGAAUCUUUACUGGAAUGUUAAAUGUGUGUGUAGAGCUGGUUAGAUUUUUUGUUUCUUUCAAACAAAGGGCUUUUAAGUUAAGUGAUACCUGUGAAUCCUCCAAAAAGCCUUGUGAAAUAGGUAAGGGGAACACAAUUAGCCCCCAUUUACAGUUUAAAAAGUAUGUAUGGUCCACGCAUCCAGUAAGGGCGGAGGAGGGAUUCAAGUGAGGGAAGUUUGCUGGCACAUCCAGUGCUUUUUCUACUGUACAAUAUGAGGCCUUUCCCAGCAGGAAGGUCUGGCGUGGCUGGGAGAUUCAUUUGGAGGGGAAUUGCCACGGAGGUGAGAUUAAGCUGGGCACAAAUCUAAGAGGGUGACAACAGUGACAAGAGAGGGCUGGUGAGCUCCUGGGGCAUUUGGGUUUGGCCAGGCUCCCUUCUCCCUCCA